CUCGAGUUUGCGUGUCCUCCAAAGGAGUUUUAUAUAAAGUUUUUAACGGUUUCAGCGCUUCAGCAUUUUUCGUGUUUUUAUUGAGGCGCGUUUCCAUAUAUGAAUCAAGAAUAAAUUGCCUUAUUCGUUUGAAGUUUGAGUAAAAUUCGGUAUUAAAUUUAUAUGUAAAGCUAAAUUUUUAAUAUUUUCGAAGGUGCACCAGCAGGCAACUAUGAUCAAUUGAACAUCAAUCCAUAAUCCAUAGUAAUGAAAUAAUGUUAGUCCUAUGCUUAGACUGAAACUAACUACUUACUACAAAAUGAAAAUGCUUCCAUUACUAUUUAUGCACUCCAUUCUAAGUUUGUAAAUAUUACUUGCCAAUUAAGGAGAAUCUUAUUAUGGUGACUAUCAUAUCUAUCUCCGACUAUAAUGUUCAACUAGUGGGUUCGCUGCUUAGGCUUCUUGUGGUUACCAAGUUUAUUCGUAUUGGCAUCGCAGAUAAAAAUGAUACUCCGCCUUAUUUUGAGAAAGCACUUUACGAAGUGGAAGUGCAAGAAAAUGAAGACAUUGGACAUAACAUUCUUACGAUCACGACCAAAAAUCACCAGCAGUUUGCCCAUGUCCAAUACGAAAUUACGAGUGGCAACAUAAACGGAAUCUUUGUGGUAAAUAACACAACUGGAGCCAUUUAUAUAGCCAAAGCAUUGGAUUAUGAGACAAGAAAUAGGUAUGAACUGAAGUUAUCAGCGUCCAGUAAUUCACAGCACAACUACACAACAGUAUUAAUUCAUGUAAAAGAUGUAAACGACAAUCCACCUAUAUUUGAAAAGACAACUUACAGAACACAAAUCACAGAAGAGGAAGAUCGAAAUUUGCCAAAAUCCAUUUUAAAGGUAAAAGCAACUGAUGGAGAUAAGGACAGGCCUCAGGAUAUCAUAUAUUUUCUUACUGGCCAGGGAAUUGAUCCAGAUGAUUCAGCCAACAGCAAAUUUUCCAUCAAUAGAAGUAUCGGAGAGAUUUUUGUACUUAAGCCUUUAGAUAGGGAUCAGCCCAACGGUAGACCACAAUGGCGAUUUACAGUUUUUGCCCAAGAUGAGGGAGGUGAGGGACUAGUGGGAUAUGCAGACGUCCAGGUAAAUCUCAAGGAUAUCAAUGAUAAUGCGCCUAUUUUUCCACAAGGGGUGUACUUUGGAAGUGUUACCGAAAAUGGCACAGAUGAUAUAAUGAUUAUGACAAUGGCUGCAGUCGAUUAUGACGAUCCCUUAGACGGUGUUAACGCCAAACUGAUUUACUCUAUUGAGAAAAAUGUUAUAGAAGAAGACUCCGGUACACCAAUAUUUAAAAUCGGAUCGGAAACAGGAGUUUUGAGAACUGCUGUAUGCUGUUUAGAUCGCGAGCGUACUCCGGACUAUUCCAUACAGGUGGUCGCGAUAGAUGGCGGCGGGUUGAAAGGCACAGGAACAGCCAGCAUUAUUGUACAAGACAUAAACGACAUGCCACCUUUUUUUACAAAAGACGAAUGGUUUACGGAAGUGGAAGAAACGGACGCCAAAACCUUACCGGAAAUGCCUAUUUUAACAGUGACAGUACACGACGAAGAUGAGGUCAACGAUUUUCAAUACAAAGUACUACAAAACAGCGGAUAUGGUGCAGAUAAGUUCAUUAUGAUAAGAAACAACGACGGUACGGGUUCUCUGAAAAUAAUUCAACAUCUCGACUUUGAAGAUCCUCUUCAGAGCAAUGGUUUUCGGUUUCGUAUUCAAGUAAACGAUAUGGGCGAAAGCAACGAAACCGAUAAAUAUCAUGUAGCCUAUUCAUGGAUAGUCGUGAAACUUCGAGACAUAAACGACAAUGAACCGGUUUUUGACAAAUCCAAUAUAGAAAUAGAGGUUUUGGAAAAUGCGGAAGUUGGAAAAAGUCUGGUAGCUUUCAAUGCUAAGGAUCCGGAUCAAGGUGGUAAUAGUAAGAUAUCAUAUGUAAUUGAUAAAAGUUCAGACAGAAGAAGACAAUUUUCAAUUAAUCAAGAAGGCGUAGUUACUAUUCAAAGACCAUUAGACCGGGAAAAGAUGCCACGAUAUGAAGUGACAAUAUUAGCUAUUGACGAUGGCAUUCCAUCGAAAACUGCUUCUGCUACACUGACUAUAAUAGUUCAAGACAUAAAUGAUAACGCUCCUAAAUUCCUAACAGAAUACCGGCCCGUUAUCACUGAACAUGAUGCUCCGAAAAAGGUUGUUGAAUUAUUUGCCGUUGAUGAGGACGAUAAAUACAAAGGUAACGGGCCACCUUUUCUUUUUGAAUUGGAUCCCAGCGUUAGUGAUUUGAUUCGGUCCAAUUUUAAAGUAGAACAAGAUAAAAAAGGUGCAAAUGGUGAAGGUACUGCUAUUGUAACAUCGUUGCGAUCGUUUGAUAGAGAACAGCAAAAGGAAUUUCACAUUCCCAUUUUGAUUAGAGAUAAUGGAACCCCAUCUAUGAUAGGCACCAGUACACUUACUGUAGUUGUAGGCGAUAUUAAUGACAAUAAAAUGCAGUCAGCAUCAAAGGAUAUAUUAGUUUACAAUUAUUAUCAAGUUCAAGCUGCCAAAACAGAAAUAGGUCAGGUCUAUGUAGAUGAUUUGGAUGACUGGGAUUUCUAUGACAAAAACUUCUAUUGGGCAAAAGACUCUGAGCAUACUAGAUUUACAGUCAAUGAAGACACCGGAAUGAUAUACAUAAAACAUGGAACUAGAGAUGGAUUGUAUCACUUAAGGUUCAAUGUUUUUGAUAAAAUUCACAUUCAAACGGUUAUUGCAGUCGUGACCGUUACAGUAAAAACAUUGCCUCAAGAAGCUGUCAGGAACUCAGGUUCGAUGAGAAUUGCUGGUACAACAGAUGAGCAGUUUAUUAGUGUAUGGGACCACAAAUUACAGGCGAAGCACAAAUCUAAAGCCCAAAAGUUUAGAGAAAAACUAGCGGAAUUGCUCAAUGUAAAUACAAAAAAUAUAGAGGUAUUUAGUGUUCAACUUCGCCAAAAACAACCACCAGUGACAGAUAUUAGAUUUUCGGUUCAAGAAAACUUUGACUAUUAUAAAGCUGUAAGAUUGAAUGGAUUAGUGUUGAUGUUUCAGAGGGAAAUUGAAAGAGUUGUUGGAAUCAACAUAACCAUGCUUGGAAUUGAUGAGUGUCUAUAUGAAAAUAACAUAUGUGAAGGUUCCUGUACAAAUAGAUUAAACAUAACUGGCGCGCCAUACUUGGUCAAUGCAAAUAAGACAGCAUUAGUGAGCAUAAAAUUGAACCCUGUUGCGGAAUGUAUCUGUGCUGCGAGACAUUCCUUUAGAGAAAGAAUCUGCAAGAAUUCAUUCUGUUCUGAUAAAGGCACUUGUACUGGAAACUCUGGAAUGUGCUCUUGUCCGGAUGGAUCCACCGUGCCCAGGUGCCAACAAACCUCAAGAAGUUUCCGCGGCAACGGAUGGGCUUGGUUCCCGUCAUUGGAAAUGUGCAACAAAAGCCAUUUGCAUUUUGAAUUUGUGACUAAAAUAGCUGAUGGACUACUAUUGUACAACGGACCGAUCGGUCCUCCAAAAAAAGACAGUAUUAUUUUAUCAGAUUAUAUAGCAGUCGAACUAGAUUGUGGCUACCCAAGGUUCCUAGUGAAUUUUGGUUCAGGAACUUUGGAAUUAAAAGUAAAAACGAGAAAGACUUUGGACGAUGGAGAAUGGCAUAGAUUAGAUUUAUAUUGGGAUAGGGAAAAUGUGAGAAUAGUUGUGGAUCAUUGUAAAUCAGCAUAUAUAGUGGAAUUAGAAGAUGGUAACGACCCAGAAUUCGAUGAUAGCAGCUGUCAAGCCCAAGGAACUAUGCCCCCAUUUGAUGAGUACUUGAACCUCAAUACACCUUUACAAAUGGGUGGUAUUUACGCUCAGGAGUUCGACCCCAACACCUAUAACUGGCAAUACGUGCCAGUUGGCAAGAAUUUUGAUGGUUGUAUAAGAAAUCUAUUUUUGAAUUCUAAGUUAUAUGACUUGGCCCACCCUGGUUUCUUCAGGCAUAGUAUGUCAGAAUGUCCUCAGACCGAUGCUGUGUGCCAUGGCUCUGAUACAACAAGAUGUUGGCAACACGGAAGUUGCAUUGGCAAUAUGAACGAACAUGAAUGUCUGUGUCUUCCCGGUUGGACUGGAUCUUCUUGUUCUAUACCUACAGUACCUACAACAUUCGGAUCACAAUCAUACAUCAAAUAUGCUCUCAGUUUUGAACUAGACAAAUUUUCCACGCAAAUCCAAUUACGGUUUAGAACUCGCGAAGGUGACGGUGAACUAUUUCGAGUGUCCGACCAACACAGUCGCGAAUAUGCUAUCUUAGAGAUUAAAAAUUCCCGGUUACGGUUUCGGUAUAACCUGAAUUCUUUGAAGAAAGAUGAGAAGGAUAUUUGGAUAAAUACAGUAACAGUUAAUGAUGGACAGUGGCACUUUGCUAAAGUAUCGCGGUAUGGAAGUGAAGCAUCAUUAGAACUUGAUAGCGGUGAAGGACAAAGAUACAACGAAACGCUUAAUAAUUUCAGUGGACAUCAGUGGUUACUAAUUGAUAAGCAAGAAGGCGUAUAUGGUGGAGGAAAGGCAGAGUAUACUGGUGUUAAAACUUUUGAAGUAUCUGGAGGUUUCCAAAAAGGCUGUCUGGACGAUAUUCGCCUCAAUGGCAAAUACCUGCCACUGCCACCAGCAAUGAACGGUACUCAGUGGGGUCAAGCCACAAUGGCUAGAAACCUAGUUCGUGGAUGCGAAUCAAAUACAUCCUGCAAACAUAUUUUCUGCCCGGAACCGUUCGAAUGUGUCGACCUAUGGAACGAUUUCGAAUGCACCUGUGGCAAAGGACGCAUUAUUUCAGACGAUUCUAAGCACUGCACUGACAUAGACGAAUGCCUCGACUUGCCAUGUCUAAAUGGUGGAACCUGUGCCAACUUGGAAUCUGAUUUACGCUACCGUUGCAGCUGUCCAGAUGGAUUCUUGGGAGAGAACUGUCAGUUAAUUCAAGAAGGACAGAUCUUGAAAUUGUCUUUUAGUGCCAUGACCAUCAUCCUGGCAUGUUUGAUAACUGUUUUAAUUUUGGUCUUGGUCUGUGUAAUAUAUACGCAUCAUAGAAAGUCACGUAAUAAAUACCCAAAUCCCAAUGAUGAUGUAAGAGAAAACAUAAUUAAUUAUGAUGAUGAAGGUGGCGGUGAAGAUGACAUGACCGCUUUUGACAUAACGCCACUACAGAUUCCAAUUAAUACAGAACAGAAAUUUCUGGAGCCAGAGCCACACCUGAAUAGCCUAAUCCAGGAAUAUAAAGACUUUGCUGACAAAAAUAUCAGCACACCUCCUUUCGAUGACCUAAGAAACUAUGCCUUUGAAGGAGGUGAAAGUACUACCAGAUCACUAAGCUCUUUGGCUUCAAGUACAGACGAAGAGCAACAAGACUAUGGCUAUUUAGACGCAUGGGGGCCCCGUUUUGACAAAUUGGCUAAUUUGUUCAAUUCAUUAGAAGAGGAUCAUAUUGCCGCGUAGGAUAAAUAACAAAAAAAAUUAUUUGCAGUUAAAUAAGCUGGUAUAUCACACAAUUUAUUGUAAAUAAAUAUGUUUUAAC